UCCAACGCCGUUGCCGGAAGUUGCCGACAAGUGUUUCCAGGGGCUUGCUGGGGCGAGAGUUCCUCGAGUUUGGCGGCUGCGCUUCCCUUCCUCGGGGCGCGGAAGGGAGAUUUCUCAUAAGGUUGUAGUGUGACCAGGGGAGAAGCAGAAAUGCAGAUAGAUCAAGACCUGGCAAAGCGGCUCUUUUUUGAGGGCGCUACAGUCAUCAUUUUGAAUGUGCCAGAAGGAACAGAGUUUGGCAUUGACUACAACACUUGGCAAGUGGGCCCCAAGUUCCGUGGAGUCAAGAUGAUACCCCCUGGAAUUCAUUUCCUUCACUACAGCUCUGUUGAUAAGAACAAUCGCAAAGAGAGUGGCCCUCGCACCGGCUUCUUCAUGAACUUGCAGCCGCGUGAUCUGCGAGUGCUACACUGGGACCCCGUCAGGGAAGAAGUAGACCUUACCCCAGCUUCUGAAAAUGAGACUGAAGCAAUGAGGACUAACCUCCAGGAGAUGGACCAAUUUCUGGGUCCUUACCCAUAUGACACUCUUAAAAAAUGGAUUUCCCUCACUAAUUUCAUUAAUGAAUUUGUGAUGCAAAAACUACAGCCAGAAAGUGGACAGAUAUGUGCCUUUUCAGAAGUGCUUCCUAUUUUGCCUGGGAGGUUUACUAAAGAUCGAGUUGAACAGAACCUGCCCCGGUAUGACACAGAGUGCAAAAGCUAUGCAGAGGGGUUGGCCCGGCUGCCCAAAAUGCAGCUGAAAGCUGGCACUGAGAUCAGGUUUACAGAAAUACCUAAGCAAAUGUACCCUGAAGGUGCUACCCCUGAAGAAGUUACUAGGCAUAGCAUGGACCUUAGCUAUGCCCUGGAGACGGUGAUCAGUAAACAGUAUGCCAGCAAUUCCCAGGAUGUGCUUGGGGAACUGCAGUUUGCCUUCAUCUGCUUCUUGAUUGGGAAUGUAUAUGAUGCCUUUGAGCACUGGAAGAAACUCCUGAAUCUCUUAUGCAGGUCAGAGGAUGCCAUAGUGAAGCAUCAGGCCCUGUUCGUUAACCUCAUUUCGGUCCUGUACCAUCAGCUCAGUGAAAUCCCAGCAGACUUCUUUGUGGACAUUGUUUCCCAGGACAACUUUUUAACCAACACCUUGCAGAACAGUAUGCUGCAUUGGACAUCAGAGGUGCUAUUCAACUAAGCUGACUCAUUAUAAUGAAUGAGCAUGGCUAAGUUAAGUCAAUUUAUUCAAUGAGUCUUCUGUGAGUAAAACUUAGCUCAAUACCACCCUAAGGCUUCAGAUCCUUGCCCAGCCAUAAAGCUCCCUGGGUCACCCUGGUCAUUCACCAUUUCUUGGCCUAACAUAUGUUGCAGGAGUAUUGUCUGAAUAUGAUGGAUAACUCUGAAAUCACCAGGGAAAGGUAUAUAGGCAAUAAAAUUCCAAGGUGGGAAUGAUUUCUGUGUGCUUAUUUGCAAGCAAGAAGUGUGACACUAUUCUUGUACUAUUUUGUAUGCACAUUGUUCCCACACAACUAGCGAGGCUUUAAUUUACUUCCUCCUCCUUAUGGGGACAUAUGUACAAUUUUACUUUGACUGCAAUGUCAGAUACAGGAAUUAUUUGUAGAGCAUUUCCAUGACUUAGAAUGCAGCUGUGCAGUAUGCAUUUACUCAUUUAUCUCAGGCUUUCAGUGCUCACUGAUGGUUGGGAGGCGUUACAUUCAUAAAUGUUAAUAGCAAAUUUUUCUCAAACUGAAUUCUGGCAGAACCAUUUCCUUAUUUUAGUGACAUGUAUGCUGUGCUUCCCUCUUAUCACUUUUAUGGCUGGCCCAAACAUAGAGCUUUCUGGAUGUCAGAGAACUCGUUGAAAGCAUGAAUGUCAAGUAACAAUGUCAGGUUUUGUGUCUUUUCACCUUCUUAGGCAAGCCUUUUCCACCCUUGUUAUUAUAACUGGGAAAUAGAUCAUCUUGUACCUCUGAGCUUUAGGUGCAGCAUUCUUCUUAAUAAUAGUGCUUUAGUUUGGGCUGAAAUUAGAAAUUCUGGCCAAAGAAGGUAAUGCCAGUUGAGACUGAAUACUGUGUUACUAAACUGGAAAUGCAUUAACAUUGGCUUUUAAAAAAAAGAAAUUCUUACAUGAACGACAGAUAAAGAAAAUAAAGACUAUGUCUUGUGUGAGGCCAUAUAAAUUAGAAUGGCAAGAGAGGGGAAGAUAAGCACUUGAGGCACUGUGGGGUUCUUUGUGCGGGACAGAAUCUGUUUAGCUUGUGGAAGAGAAGCAUGUCAAAUAGGGCCUUUGAACAUUGGAAUCUGGAACUGUCUUAAGUGUUUUUAAACAUGUCUCCACAGUCAUGUGGGCUAGAAAUUUUGAUUUAUCUUAGAU